AUGGAAGACAGCGACGCGCCGCCGAUGAAGUUACCCCGCUUGCACUGGUUGCAUCGAUGGAGUCCUUUUCACGAGAGACCAACUCUGCUGCGCAAUCCGUCACAGAAGCUAUUCUUCGUAUACCUUGCAUCAUUUAUUGCCUGCGCAUUUCUCCUCUACGUCAGUUCAGCCCCGAAUGCGAGUCCGAAUCUGGCAGAUGAAGUCAAGCCGAGAAGCGAGGUCAACGCGUUCAGGGAUGUCCAGCCUGUCAGAGUCUCUAGUCACGAACCGACGAGGGGGAAUCAUUUCACUCCCAUCAAAGACAUAUCGCUCGAUGGGGGAGCUAAGGACCCAAGCAUCCUAUCCGAGGAGGGAGUCAAGACAAUUCUGUUAUGGAACUCCUUCUUCAAACAGCCCGAUUAUAUUCCCCCGCUGUCGCAGAUGUGCCCAGAAUACCCGUGUCGUGUCACGUCGGAUCGAUCGGUAGAAGCCGACGCCGUCAUAGUUCAUCUGAGAGACAUCGAUCCGGCUGAUGUUCCGAAACGCAGAUCACCUGAUCAGAUCUUUACCCUAUUGAAUGCGGAAGCACCCCCUUACUCGCCGCCGAUACCUGAGGUCUUCAAUGACCUUUUCAACUGGACGAUCACGUACCGACUUGAUGCUGACUUCCCGCUGAUGAAGAGGGUAGAAACUCUUUAUCGAUACAAAAAAUCAGAUAAGCUGGACUAUUUCGCUAACAAAACGAAAAUGGCUGCUUGGUUCGUUUCUCACUGCAGCACGGCUAGCGAACGAGAGACCCUGGUUUCAGAACUUUCGCGUUACGGCGUCCAUACUGACAUUGUCGGAACCUGCGGUCCGCUUAAGUGUCCCCGCGAGCAAGCUGAUGAUUGUUUCAGAGAGUUCUCGAAGCACUAUCUGUUCUAUCUAAGCUUCGAAAACGCGAUCUGUACAGACUACGUGACCGAGAAAUUGUUCAACGCUCUAGAACUCGGCGAAAUGGUUCCCGUGGUUCUCGGUGGAGCCGAUUAUUCCAGAGUUGCCCCACCUGGAAGUUACAUCAAUGUGAAUAAGUUCGCUAGCGUCAAAGAGCUGGCACACUACUUGCAGAAAGUGGGAAACGAUCCUAAGCUCUAUAACAGCUACCAUAAGUGGAGGAACUUCUACCAAUUGACAGAGCCCCCGCAUUACGCCUGCAGACUCUGUGCUAGGCUACACACCAUCCAUCGUCGACGGAUGUAUCAGGAUUUUAAUGCUUACUGGCAUUCAAACACGUGUCACGGUGGUUGGAGAAAAGCCUACAAACUCAACUGA